AUGUCUCAUAUAGCUGUGGAGAGAAAUAGAAGAAGGCAAAUGAAUGAGCAUCUCAAAGUUUUGCGUUCUUUAACCCCUUGUUUCUAUAUUAAAAGGGGUGAUCAAGCAUCGAUCAUAGGCGGUGUGAUAGAGUUCAUCAAGGAGUUGCAUCAAGUUUUGCAAGCUUUGGAGUCGAAGAAACGAAGGAAGAGUUUAAGCCCUAGCCCUGGUCCAAGUACUCCAAGGCCACUGCAGCUGCCUACCCAACCUGAUCAUAGCCCCUUGGGAUUUGAAAGUGUUGGAGAAGUAGGGGCAUGUUGCAACUCUUCACUUGCAGAUGUUGAGGCAAGGAUAUCAGGGUCCAAUGUCGUCCUGAAAAUCAUUUCUCGACGAAUACCGGGUCAAAUUCUCAAGAUAAUAAAUGUGCUGGAGAAAUUUUCAUUUGAGGUUCUUCACCUCAACAUCAGCAGCAUGGAAGACACUGUUUUAUACUCCUUUGUCAUAAAGAUUGGUCUAGAAUGUCAGCUGAGUCUGGAGGAACUUGCAGUUGAAGUUCAACAAAGCUUCUUCUUAGAGCCCGUUUUUCAGAACCAGAUAUAGUUUUUACAUGGUCUAAAAUGUUAAUGUUUUCGUGGUUUUUAUAUAUAA